CCAGACAUUUCCCGACAGUCGAAUAGAAUGGACUUCGUUGGCUACAAGUAUUAUAGACACCUGAAAUUCUGCUUCUUCAUGAUAGGACUGACAUCCUACAAAUCAACGCAGUUAAGAGUAGUGCAUACUACGAUCGUAUGUCUAAUACUUUUUCUCGGUUCAAUAUUUCUCAUGUUUUGUCUCAUGAAAAAUAACACUUGCACCUCUCAAUUGUUUUCAUUCCAAACGGGCAUUAUAGUUGUAAUAGCAAAUGUAAAUAUAGUAUAUGGUUUAUUCCUUGUUAAAUCUGUAAAGAUAGAGGAUUGGUUGAAGGAUAUCAAACGUGAUUCGAAUCAUAUACAAGACAAAGAAGAAUUGAAAAUACCUAAAACACAUGUAGCGAUGGAAAACCGUUAUGCAAAAAUUUAUUUAAGUAAGAAAUAAAUUAAUCGUCGCAUAAGUUGGCGAGAAAAAGUAUAACGAUAAUAUUUAAGAUGCAUUGCAGUUGUAAUUUGUACUGGUUAUUUCGCUCUUUCUUUGACGCUGUUCCUUCCACAUCGCAUUCUCGAGUCUUUAAUAUCUACGAACAAAACUCUCUGUUAUUUACCGUUUAUUUCAAUGACACUUCUGGAAAAAUCUCGAAAUUAUUAUUUGUCUUUCAUU